CAGCCUCAGAUGGGACAACUGCAGCCACAGCCUCAGAUGGGACACCUGCAGCCACAGCCUCAGAUAGGACACCUGCAGCCACAGCCUCAGAUGGGACAACUGGAUCCGUGGCUAGGCUGAUGCAUGCGGAAAGGGAAAUAAAAGACUUUCGGCGCUGGGAAGGCCCGAAAACAUUGCAUGACUAUGUGUUAGAUUGCACAAAGCCACAGGACGAAGUAGUCUGCUCUGUCGGCACAAAAAUCUUAAGAAGAGCAGAUUGUGUUGGUCUGGGAACCAAUUGUGAACUGGAGGCAACAGUUGUAAACUGCUGCCUUUCAUUGAUAUGCCACCUUGCUGGACAGAAGGCAGAUGCAGCAUUUAAAGACUGCAUCCUUUUUCCAAUAUGGACACCUGGACACUGGCACUUGUGUCAUGAUCGCAACAAAAUUGAUAGCUGGAAACUGGCAACUCGUUAAGAACAAGGAUAUUCCACCAUUGCAAAGUGACCACCUGGACUGUGGAGUGUUCAUGCUAAUGUAUGCACUAUACAUUACUUUUGAGUGGCCAUUUGAUUUUACCCAGACUGACAUGCCUUUAAUCCGAGAGUGUUGGCUGAACCUAGCAUUGAAGUGCAUGAGCCAUGAAAGGGAAGCCUCAAGCCUCAAGAAGUAUCAAGUGGAUUACAUGCAUGGUUGUCCCAAGGACCACUGGAUUCUUAUGUUGCCAGCAUCUGUUCUGGAGGACAUUUUUAUUGAUGUGGUUCUCCAGGAGGGUGAUGAGGCAAUUUUGAAGCUGGCCCUUGUGUGCACUCGCUUCAGAGACCUUGUGGCACGGGAAGGCUUCAGGAGACGAGCCCAUUUUCUUUGGCUUCACAGUGUCACAAAUUGGACUCUUUUCUCACCGUACUACAAGGCGGAAUACUACAAAAUGUACAAACUGGAAACGUGUAGGCAAUGUGGAGACGUAUACAAACACUGCACUCCAGGAUAUGGAGGUCGAGGAAGAAAGGGGGAACUUUUUAGAAUAAUAAGUGAAGACACCCACCCAGACUUCUGCAGCGAGUUCUGCCAGAUCUGUGCUGACCAGUGUGAAAGGAUGUGA